AUGCUCACUACUCAAAGUCGCCAGAAGAGCUACGCCGAUCAGAGGCGGAAACCUUUAGAGUUUGAUGACGGGGAUUGCAUUUUUAUUAAGGUUACUCCGAUAACCAGAGUGGGUCGAGCCAUUAAAGCGAAGAAACUGAAUCUUCGUUACAUCAGUCUGUUUCAUAUUAUGAAGAGAAUUGAGCCGGUAGCCUAUAAAAUUGCAUUACUGCUGCAUCUUUCGAACCUGCACGAUGUAUUUCAUGUGUCACAACUUCAAAAAUACACUCAUGAUGCUAGCCAUGUGUUAGAACUCGAACCUAUCCAGUUGAAAGAAAAUCUAACAUUUCAAGUGACUCUAGUCAAGAAUGAUGAUACCAGUGUUAAACGGUUGCGUAAAAAAGAAGUUAUGUUAAUCAAAGUUGCUUGGAGUCAACUUGGUAUAGAGGAGCAUACAUGA